UUGGGAUUUGGCCGGACAAUUUUCCUGUACGGUAUGGGUUCGGCCGCACGGUAUCGGGAAGAUGAAGACUGGGAGCUCUACAGCGACGAUGGUUUUGUGUUCAAGUGCAAGAAGCGACGUCUUGAACCCCCAGCAACAGUGCCUCAUUCCGCAUUUCCUAAAGACGCGGAUCAGUUUCAGGACGCAGCACAGAAGCAGAGGAGAGAGCGAAAGAGGAACAUCCUCUUGAAGAUGAAAACUAGGUACCUCACAGAGCUGCAUCACUGGGAUUUCUUGUCCGCCGCAUUGCGCGCGCUGGAAGAGAACGCCCUUGAGUAUAGAAGGCAACAAGAGCAGGCGAGGCUUUUACCUGUAGAUUCUGUUGGUAAAUCUGUAGUUGAUGAGGUUCUUUUGGAGGUGCAAGCUCAAGAAGCGAUAGUUCACAAUAUAUCAAAUUUAUGCGACGAAGCGGAGGCAAUGUGCCACAAACAAGAGCAGCAGUUUAAACAGACAGUAUUUAAUCUUCCAAUCUGGGCUUCACCGGUUGAGCUCAUGGAAUUUCUGUGCUUAUGUGAUCAUUAAACUAGUAUUCACUCUGCACGUUCCUUUUGGCUCACCACCACUUUACCAAACUAGUAAAUAUUGUUAGUUUGACAAUAUUUAAACGAGCACUGAUCUUUGGCCGGAGUCUUGCAACUGGAGGGAACAUCUGCUGAAUGAAAAGUAGGCAACAGUGAACUCCUCAAAAGGGUGAGAAGAAACUUUCCCUCAAGUCUUCAAUGAAGAGCAAAGAUCGAAUUCUGUGGUACUCCCUCUGGUUCUAAAUAUAAAACUAUUUUGUGGUGUAAAUUUACACCAUAAAAUAGGUAUUAUAUUUAGAACUGGAAAGAGUAUUGUAUAUUAGCACUUUUUUAAUUUUUGGCUAACUUUUAGGCAUGCCUGUCAUUUCUUAUUGUAUUUGAGCAUGUAUUUUAAUAACUUUUAACAAAGUUACUGCAGCAUAUGUGUGUGUACUUAAUUAUUUAUUGAUUGAAGUUACUUCUACACUUUUCUCUUCUCA